AUCUCAUUCGGCUCGAGUUUCCCUGUUCCACAGCAAACCCCGCCUACAAAACACCCUGAAUAAUAGCCGAAAUGUCUUGCUAAUGGGCCGGAGGCCUUUCCCUGAGUGUUUAUAUCCCCCUUGCUUUCUCUUAUUAUCGGAAAUGAUUAGAAACUGUGCUUUAUUCGAGAGAGGCUCGACUAGGCAGCCACUAGGAUUCGCGUUUUGAGCCCGAAGCCUUGGUGUGGGAGUCAGAUUUGAAUGAACAUCGACCCGCGGUUUCCGGUUGGAUUUGUGAGAAUUCUAUAGGGACAUGUGGGCCGUGAAACAUUGUUAAUAGCUUCUGUUGACGGAUGGGCGCGAGAUGAAUUUCCCAGACAAGAAUUAUCUCGAUUUAUUAUGUUGUGGUGGUGUGGGCAAAGGUUCGCAUCUUUCCUGGAGAAUGGCAAGUUUCGCUCAUGUUGGUGUUGUCAGAGAACGAAACUGCUGAAAAAUGCCAAAAUCGUUCUUGAUUAAAAAGGGAAAAGAAUAUGGAAACCUGUCCUCCAACGCUGACUUCCAAGAACACCCGACAGUUACCGAAGGUGAGCCUGAACGACACGUUUUUUCCUGGUUUCAAAAAUAUCCUAAUUACGGUGGCAAUUUAUAUUUUUGUUAAAAAAAAUUGUUGUAAACUUUUGAAUUUUAUUUUCAUGUUUCGUUUUGCGCCGUGGCCUGGCAGAGAAAUUUGUUGAUUGUAUUCUCAUGGGUAACACCUGUUGGGUCUUUUUUCGCUCGCUUACCUUUUUAGGAGCCACAAGCGAGUCGGGAAAGGCAUCGACCUCACAGCCCCCGCAACAUAACAAGUUGAAACGCCGUGAAAACGGUAGAAAAACGAACGAACUCGGCGAAGAAGACGCCAAAGAAGUGAGUGUAGAUGAAAAUGGGAAUUGUAUUGAAGAUAUAAGCGUUGCUCGGGCAGAUCGCCGUCACAGAGGCGCUGAAAGCUCCAGUGGUGGUCGAAGUCGGUAUGUUUGUGCCGAAUGUGGUAAAUCGUACGCUACAUCUUCGAAUCUCUCCCGGCAUAAACAGACUCACAGAAGCUUGGACAGUAAGCUCGCUAAGCGCUGCGAGCACUGUGGUAAGGCUUACGUCUCCAUGCCAGCCUUAGCCAUGCAUGUUCUGACGCACAAGCUUCUUCACAAAUGUGACGUGUGCGGAAAAGCGUUUAGCCGACCAUGGCUUCUACAGGGACAUAUGAGGUCGCACACUGGCGAGAGACCGUUCCUGUGCCCGGAAUGCAACAAAGCGUUCGCAGAUCGUUCUAAUCUCAGAGCUCAUAUGCAAACACACUCCCCGCUCAAGCAAUUCAAAUGCGAGCGGUGCGAUCGAACCUUCGCUCUGAAGUCCUACCUUAAUAAACACGCCGAAUCAGCCUGUGCUCGCGAAGUCACAACAAGCAAAGAUUGAAUGAAAAACCGCCUACACAAUUCUUCAUUCUAGAAACAGAAGCGGAUAAAAGUUUGAGCAAAAUCCAGGGAAAGAUAGGUGGUUAAAGUAUCUUUAUGUUCGUGUAAUGUUGUCGGUCGCAUAACCUGUAGAGCUCUUAUCAAGAAAUUUAAAAGAUGUCAAUUGUAAAAUGCAGUGCAGAGAAGACGAUGUAAAAUUCGUUGAAAAUGUUUAUCGUAUCAAAUUUAUCUCAGGACACAGGAUGAAUUUGUUAUGUCAAUCUACUGAAACGUCUCAUUCGAGAGGCGAUCAACAAAAAUUAUUAAGAGAUUGAAGUUCUUUCCGAGAAAGAAAAAUAUAUUGGCUGUCACUCGCAGUGGUAUUUAUCUUAAGCGACAGCAAAAAAUACGAGUAUUUGCAUUCGAUGUUCCCAAGCAAAUGAUUAGACUCCGCAUAAGGAUAUGAUUUUGGGUGAUCGAGAAGUUUUGUUUAUCUGUUAUACCACCAAGAGUUCGAUUUCAUUUGAAAUCUCACGGAAGAUGUAAACUUAAAAAUAUCUCUAUGGGAAAUGUUCAGUAUGGCAAGACGGCUUAAUCUUGUUUCGCUUACAAGUUAAAUUCAUUUUUUUGAUCUCAUGAAACCUGAGGGUAUUUGGCCCUUUUUUCAGCGUUAAAUUCGUUGUUAAUUUUCGACUUGUUGGUUCAGUUGUGUUUUGCAUUCAUUUUUCUGACAUUUUUAAUAUUAAUAAGGGGCCAUUUCCUCAUUCUCGUUUAAAUAUGUAAUCCGACUUUGUCGGUCAGUUUCCCGAUUUUAAAACUUCGCCGGAGAAUUUAGCACAAAAAUCAUAAUAUUUAUGGAGAAAAAAUUUUAAUUUUUACAUUUGCUACACUGCAGGGCAGUUUGGUUGCUGAGUUUCUUAAAUUAAAAUUUAUAAUUUAUUCUUUCGCUAAAAACCACGUCUUUUGAAUUAAGUAAUUGUAUUGAGAGCGAAAUAGAAGAGCUUUGGGGUAUGGUGUUCUAGGGAUUUUCAUUACAGUUGGGUUUCACAAAUAAUUAAAUAGAAUUUUUAAUUUUCUCGCAAUUGAGAGAAAUUGAGUAAGGCGCAUGAGAGAAUGUUUGUGCUUUGAAUUGUAAUUUGGUUAUCUUAAAGAGGCAGCUUCUGAACGGAAAAAGAAAGAAUGAUCCGUAUUGGUUUUCAGUUUAAUUUUUUCAUUUGCGCCGUGGCUGUACGAUACUCAGCCAUCAAAUUAUGUUUCACUCAAUUUCUCUCGAUAACAAUCAGGUUUCAACUAAGAAGUGUUCAAUGUUUUUCCCAGGUAUCUUAUAUUAAGAGAGUUAUUCGCGUCAAAAAAAACUUGGAUGCUGGUUGAAAGCGGAAUAUUCAGUGACCUAUGCGACUAAUUGCAGUCUUUCUGUGAUUAACACACUUGGCGUUGAUAUAUGAAAUUGGAAGACAAAUUAACGUUUCGCAAACGUUUUAAAAUGACUUUUGUUUAGCUAUGGUUUUAGCGAUUUGAUCUAGGGGUUUCCUUGCUUUGAGGUUCUUAAUGCACAUCGAUUCGUGUAUUCUUAAGUUAUUGAUGCGCAAAAGCUUUUUGCUUGUAAAUAUUCAAAAGGUUUUGUUCUGUUCGCUGAAUUAUAUUGCUAUGUAAAAUUAAUUGUACAUAUAUUGUGUAAAAAGUUUUCUUUGGAAAAUGGAAUUCUAACUCUGAUUCUUGAUCAGAAUCAGAUUUCUCUUCAAAAUCGUAAGAGAUAAUGGGACAUGCAGGUCAUGAGAAUUGAGGUACUGAUUACUAAAAAAAUGUGUUGUUAUGACCUAUUAGAAUACAUGAAUUGAGAGCUUUGAGGAUAAUUUGUAUAUAAAUGUCGAUAUCAAGGCUCCAGGGGGUUAAAAUACGUAGUUAUCGCGCUGUUGGUCGGGCGAUAUCGGAAGACUUCAUGAUGAUAUACAGAUCCUGCAUUUAUCUGCUUCUCAGAUAAUAUCUGCGUACACACGAAAUUUUCCACAGCAUUGUUAAUAUUUCAGCUUGUAUAUUUUGAAUAGUGGAUUAUUGUAACACAUACUCACGUGCUAGCUGUUAGCUGUUUUAAAUUCUCUAUUUUGGGAUAUCGAAAAAUAAUGUACUAUAUUUGUGCUUUGCGUUAAACCCCGUGUUUCACUUUUCGUGAAAUGACCUUCUCAUUUCGUUACAAGAAAUGGCAUGUAACUUAGCAGUAGUAGGAAAAGCAGCAGGACUGUGAAACGAACAAGGAGGGUGGUACUGAAAUGUACUUCAGUUUUACUGAAGAACCUCUUCUGUCACUCGUCACAGGUCAAGGACCUAUCACGCUGGUAAUCUGUAAUCAUUGAAAGUGUUGUGUCAAUAAAGAGAGGCCUUUGAAUUG